AUGGCAUCAUCGAGCCCAGAAUCUUCGCCAGCAUCGACGCGCCAUUCUUCUCUCGACCCUCUUAAAUGUACUCCUCUUCACAACCCUCGCACCCAGGACGUCUUUCAGUCCAUUGUCAAAGGCCGAAAAAGCUGGAAAACACUUCGAGAUGGUCAAGUCGUUUGGCCCCCUGAGCUUGAGGCUGCUCUCAUCGAAGGGCUUGAGAACUAUCAACCGGAUGAUUCAAGAGAGACGCGUCUUCUAGGACGUUUUCCUAUGCGUAACAGAUUUAUUUCGGACUGGAUAUUCGAAAAAACUGGCAAGCGACGAACAGCCAAGCAGGUCGGUAGUCGAUUGCAGCAGCUCAGAGAUACAUGUGGCGGAAAACGACUACUUAACCUUCUUUCGCCCAAUCGACGACCAUGCCGUACCCCUUCGCUUUCGCCCGAGUUCCAACACAAAGAUGGACAUCUAGUCUACGGACCUCCCUCUCUGAGAUACGAAUCUGAGUCUUGCAGUGACUCGACAGCAAGCUCGCCUACGACUCCCACAGAAGCCCAUGCAACAUUGCAGAGUCUUCUAUACAGAGGUGUUGAACCUCGUAUUGAAGAAACUCCAGAUACCAUCGUCUACAUUGAUCUUCUUCCCUUCGAUGCUCCUAUUGACGCUAACGGAAGUGAUAUCGACCCACUUAAAUCCUCUUGGACGUCCUCUCCGAGCCAGGUAGCCGAAGAACGCUCCUGGAUCGAACGAGGAUACAAGGUUGUCCGGGCUUCUCAACAGCCCCGCCAUAUUCGCGAUAUUGAUCCCACAAUCACACUUCUUUCCCAAUCAACCACGUCAGCUCAUUCAUACUUCACCGUAUACACCGAUGAGGGCAUCGCAUUUUCUGAGAUGAGUGUGCUGCAGCCGGUGGAACCCAGGUCAACGGCGGAAACUUCUCACCUAUAUAGCACCUCCCUGGUGCCUGGUUUCUGGAGUACAAUUGCUCAAAGCUCUGACGCCUCUCAAUAUGUAAUCAUUCAGCGAGUAGUUCAAGACCCCGCUUCUUCUUCAGCGUCGUCGUCUACGAUAUUUUCAGCCAUGUACAAGUUCAACAUCACUCAGCCUUCGCACACACAAGACUCCUACUCCGCACACAACAUGAUGCAAAUAGAGACCCAGACACAAAAACAGGACUUUGCAUUUGACAAUCUUCUGACCAUGGACUCGGAAGGCCUCUCCGAUUUGAUGGCCUACCAAAAGGGUCCAAAUUACUUCGACGUACACUCCUAUAUGAGGUCCGACUGGAGUGCCCCGUCUUCAACCGCCUCUGUGUACUCAAGUCCCAUGGACUGUAAUAGACAAAUAUCAGGUAUUAUGCACAACGACCAGCUUAUGUCUCCGACAUCAUCAUUUUCUUCACAUUAUUAG